GUCCAAGCGCAUGCAUGAACCAAACGCGACCAAGCAACAGCGCGCUCGCCCUCCUCCCCCCCACUCGGUAGCCUCGAACGAGACACGUGCAAUGUCAGACAAUAACAGCAACUCUGGCGGCAACGAGUCCGAGGAGGAGUACGAGAUCGAGCGUAUCCUCAACCACCAAGAGAAGAAAUUCGGCAGGCAACGCGGCUACUUUGUCAAAUGGAAAGGCUACGGCGAGGCAGAUAACUCCUGGGUAGCGGAGGAGGAUGCAGCGAACGCGAAGGACCUCAUAACGGAGUACUGGGAGCGCGAAAAGGAAAAGAAGGCCGCGAAGAGCGGGAGCGCCUCCACCACCAGCAUCAAGCGCGGGCGCAAAUCUGAGCCGCGCACCGCGUCCGAGGUGUCCAAAAAGCGCGCGCGCUCAACGAAGGCCGUGUCCGCGGAGCCCAUCGAGGUCGACGAGGAGCCGCCCGCGCAGAAGAAAAAGCGGCAGUCGAAGAGUGGGUCCGCGAGCGCGAAGAUGGAGGUGGACGGGACGGAGGACGACGAGGAGGAAGACGCCGACUUGCCGGUGGUGGCGGCGAUGGACAAGAAGUAUCGCGAAUUGGAUAGCUGGGAGGACCUGAUCAAGAGUAUCGAAACGGUCGAGAGGCAUCCUGAUAAUCCGGACGGGCUCAUGGUCUAUCUCACAUUGAAGGACGGCAGGCGCGUCCGCGAGACGUCCGCAACCGCGAGGGAGAAAUUCCCUCAACUUCCUAUUCUCCCUUCCCCGCCAAUCGCCUCCCUAGACUUUGUGGGUGCUCGCCACGUGAAAGUUGAUCAUAGCCCCGCAGGGGUUGCUGAUCCCAAGCGCCCACUCGCUGCUCAGACCCUCCCCCUCAUUCAGCCUUUGUACCAUGAGCGAGCAUACAUCGCUAUACGAGCCGAGUUCUGUCCCCCUCUCGAGGAGCAGAUCGUGCUCGCGCUGCUCCACGAGCUGCAGAGCGAUGACAAUGGUCGAUGCAUUACCCCCUCCCCCGACCAGCUCGACGAAUUGCGGACCAACCUGCGCAUCCUGUCGUGUGGCGCGGACGAUCUACAGCUGAACGACGACAUGGCGCGCCUCCAGAUUCCCGACGAAGAGGAUUCGUGCACUAGCACCCCCGACAUGACCUCGUCAAAUGCGGACACGACGAGCAGCAGUACUUCCUGGGAGUCCGUAUCCUCUUCCCGCGACCAUAGCUCCUCGCCCCUCGAGUUCCUAAGCGCCGCACUACCAGGCGUCUCCGCCGAGCGCUUAGCAGUCAUGCUCGCCAGCGCCGACGACGACGACAUCGACGCGAACAUGUGGGACAUUCUUGAGCGCUUCCUCACCCAGGAGCACAUUCGCGAGCUGGAGGAGCGCGGGCUGGACGGUCUGAGCGACAAUGAGGCGCAGGACGACCGGUCCUGGCACACCGUGGUCAAUCAGAAGUCGGUCCCCGAUACAUCUCGUCCGUCAGGCUCCGUCCAGCGCACGCCUACGAUGCCAAAACCCAAGAGAGGCGGGAAGAACAACUCGAUCAAGAUCACAUUCGGCGACGUUCGUCAGCAGAACGGCCAUCGCGUGCCUUCGAUAUCGACGUCCGCCCCCUCUUCCCCCUCCUCUUCAAGCGAUAUAUGGACAAAGAUCAACUCCAUUUCAUCUUAUCUGUCCACCCUGCUUCCCGACCGCCCGGCAUCCUUCUUUCUGUCCCACUUCCACUCCCCUGGCCACCCCACGCCGUACCAGGCGCUGAAGGCGGCGCUUGAGCGUAUUGCAGAGGACACCACGGUAGACGAAGAUGACGAUGUUGCUCUCGUUGAGAUUUUGGAGGUCUUACGCUCUGACAAGACACGCACGAUAGACGAGGAAAGCCGCCUCGUCGACGAUGCGCGCCUAGUUCUCAGCGCCUCCGGUGGCAAGGCGGAUUGCGCAUUGGACCUUUUGUACAUGCUCCAGGACUUCGCUGCCGACGAUGGCAUGGAACUGGGACCGUACCAUUCCCCUCUCCCUUCGCCACUGCCCUCUCGCGUACCCCGCUACUCGGAUGCGGCCGCUGUCACUCGUUCAGCACCAACCACCCCAGCCCGUACCGCCUUCCCCUCCGGCCCGCCCCCAGUCGCACCGCCACCCGCUCGCUGGAAGGGUCCGACUACCACCCAACCGCGCAACAAGCCCAGCCCAUACCAGUGGCAACGCGUCAACGGCAGCAAGGUCAAGAACAAGCCCGCCUAUCCGCAGCCCGUGCGCGUGCCGACGUACAACCGCGACGUCAACGGGACGAAGAUCAGGGGCUCGGGCAACGCGCUGGGGAAGGGCGGCAAGGGCGAUGUCGGCGAGCUUGACUACCAGGCAAGGCAGGAGGAGAGCAUGCGGCAGCGCGCGGAGAUGCUCAAGAACGCGAGCUUGGUGUGGAAGGAUAGGAGCAGGGGUGGGGCGGAGACGGCCUUGUACUAUGUAGAGAGGGCUCGCGAGUUCCAAGAGAUAGCGCGAAAGGAAGCGCUUGCGCACGCUCGGCAUACAGUGGAAGCUAAGAUGCGGGCCUCGCGAGACGGCCGCACUCUGGAUCUGCAUGGCACUACCGCUGCUGAGGCUGUGAUCAUCGUCAAAGACAUCCUCGAGCGCGUAGGUGCAUCGCCCGCGAAACCUGUCAAGAUCAUCACCGGAAAGGGCACGCACUCGCUUAACCGAGUCAGCGUCCUCAAGCCCGUCGUCCGCAAGGCCCUCCUUGACGAAGGUUGGAGCGUCGGCUCCUGGGAUGGAGGCCUCGUCGUCAACGGCCAACCUCAUGCACCGCGGGUGCUCGGUUAGCAUUCACUGUCCGAGCGCCCGCCACUGUUCCUCCGACCAACCGCCAUCGUAUCCUCAAGUAUAUGCCACCGUAUCCUUCAGCACCCGCGUCUCUACCAUCCUGCACAUUCCUUUGUGCUGUAUACCAUGUCUACAUCACGAACCAGACGACCUGUAGAAUGAUCACUGUAGGAUCUGUCCCGAUGGGUGGGUUGAUAUCUACGUGCGUAUAUUAUUGGCUUUACUGCACAUCGCUAUCUAUUGCUUUGGCGUACACUUGUAGCCCACCGUGUAGCUUAGGCACAUCGCCUAUUUAUUGGAUCUCCGCUAUGACUUUCACAUUGUCUGACCACGUCCUGGUCAACCUGAUCAUGCAAACUCUCCUUUGCGCGUUCCCUCU